AUGUCUAUGGAAAACCAAGUAACAGAUAUGACUAUAAAACAAGAUGAAUUAAAUUCCUCUGCAGACUACCAUGUAAUAGAAUGUGAUCCUUUAGAUUAUUCAAUAUUAGACAAGCAAGAUGAAUAUAAUUCUACUGCAGAUGAUACAAAUAACAGUGUAAAUAUUAAAUCAGAAAUAUCUUCAGAAGAUGACGACUCAUCUUUUGAUAUGUCUAUAGAAUCUGACAUAGAUUAUGAACUUAUAGAACGAAACAAAAUAAAAAGACACAAAUGUCCUACCUGUAACAAAAAAUUUGUUCGUUCUUGUCAUUUACGCCAACAUGUACUUAUCCAUGGAGAUGACCGCACAUACAAAUGCGAAUUUUGUGAUAAAACCUACAAACAAGCCAGCCAGUUGUGGCUGCAUCAUAAAACUCAUUCCGGACAAAAGCCACAUGUAUGCAGUGUCUGCAAAAAAGCUUUUAUGAGCUCCAGUAAUCUAACACGGCAUUUACGCUGCCACACAGGAGACCGACCUUAUACCUGCACACAAUGCAAUAAAGCCUUUGCAUAUUCAACCACUUUGUUACAACACACAAGACUACACAUGGGAAUAAGAGCCCACAAAUGCAAAGUCUGCGAUAGAAAUUCACUCAAUCAGGCCACUUGUCAAAGCAUAUGGCUGUCCAUACAGGAGAAAACCCCAUAA